AUGGGGAAAUCUGGGGGUAAGAAAAAGAAGAAUGGUGCUAAUCAGAGCCAGAAGGUAUCUGGGAUAGAUAAUAAUCCCACCCCUAUUAUUAAUGGAGGUGUUAAUUUGGACUCCUCAAUUUUCUUGAAAAGAGCCCACGAGCUAAAAGAAGAGGGAAACAAAAGGUUUCAGGCUAAGGAUUAUAUUGGUGCUCUUCAGCAAUAUGAGAAUGCCCUUAAACUUACUCCGAAAAUGCACCCAGAUCGAGCAGUAUUCCAUAGUAACAGGGCAGCUUGUUUGAUGCAAAUGAAGCCCAUAGAUUAUGAUACUGUGAUAUCUGAGUGUACUAUGGCACUUCAGGUACAGCCUCGGUUUGUUCGAGCCCUUCUAAGAAGGGCUCGUGCACUUGAGGCUAUAGGUAAGUAUGAGAUGGCUACGCUAGAUGUGCAAGCACUACUGGUUUCUGAUCCAAAUAAUCAAGAUGCCUUAGAGAUAGCAGGGCGAUUGAGGAUGGCACUUGGCCCACGUCAAGAGGCCCAGCAGGAUCUCCAGAGCCGCCCUUCACCAGCGGCUCUUGGGGCCUCUGCUGUUGGGGCACCAAUAGCUGGCCUUGGACCAUGUUUGCCAGCCAGGCCUGUGCCUAAGAAGCAGGCAACUGCUGUACCAGCUACUAGUAGUAAGUCAGAAGAGCUUUAUCCAAUAUCACCUACUGAGUAUGGUCCUGAGACGAAGGCCCAAUUGCCGCAGGUUGUCUUGAAGCCUUCAAAUAGUUCUUCAAAACCCAAUACAAAUGCUAAUAAGGACAACCACAAGGAACGGUCGAGUUCUUCAUCAUCGUCAGUUCACAUUCAUGGGCUAUCUGCUGCGGCUGUGACUCAAUGGAGGUCACUGAAGCUUGUAUACGAUCACGACAUAAGGCUCGCUCGAAUGCCAGUGAAUUGUAGUUUUCGAGUGUUGAGGGAUGUAGUUAGCAAACGUUUCCCUAUGUCGAAAUCAGUAUUGAUUAAAUAUAAGGACAAUGAUGGUGACUUAGUGACGAUAACAUGUACAAGUGAACUUAGAAUUGCUGAGUCCUGUGUUGACAACCUUAUUCGCAAAGACCUUGAUACUGAUAAAAGAGACUCCAUUGGGAUGUUGAGAUUGCAUGUUGUUGAGGUGAGCCCUGAGCAAGAGCCUCCUGUGUUGGAAGAGGAAGAAGAGAAGCCUCUUGAGAGUGAAGGAACUAAAGGAGAUGAAGAGAAGCCUCUUGAGAGUGAAGGAACUAAAGGAGAUGAGAGUGUAUCACAAUCUUCAACCGGUGACUCUGCUUUGGAAGCUGUCGAUGCUGAGAUUGAUAAGGCCGAAAAGACAAUUCUGAAGGAGGAAACUGGAAAACCAGAGGACCUUGCAUGCAAGGAGGUGGAGAUGGAUGAUUGGCUAUUUGAGUUUGCACAGCUUUUCCGUAGCCAUGUCGGCAUUGAUCAUGACGCUCAUGUAGAUCUGCAUGAGCUCGGGAUGGAACUAUGUUCUGAAGCCCUUGAGGCAACAGUAACAAGUGAAGAAGCCCAAAGCCUUUUCGACAAGGCUGCUCUGAAGUUUCAGGAGGUGGCUGCUUUAGCUUUUCUCAAUUGGGGAAAUGUUCAUAUGUGUGCAGCAAGGAAACGGAUUCCCAUUGAUGAAUCAGCUUCAAAGGAAUUGAUGGCUACGCAACUUCAAACUGCAUAUGACUGGGUAAGAGAAAAAUACUCUCUUGCCAGAGAGAAAUAUGAGGAGGCAGUCUUGAUUAAAUCAGAUUUUUACGAAGGUUUGUUGGCACUGGGGCAGCAACAAUUUGAAAUGGCUAAACUUCAUUGGUCCUUUGUAUUGGCCAAAAAAGAAGAUUUGUCAAAAUGGGAUCACGCCGAGACUAUUGAACUUUUUGACAGUGCAGAGAUUAAAAUGAAAGCAGCAACUGAAAUGUGGGAAAAGCUGGAAGAGCAGAGAGCAAAAGAAUUGAAUGAUCCUAAAAUGAAUAAGAAGGAUGAACUGUUAAAGAGAAGGAAGAAGGAGGGUAGUGACGCAGAAGGUGAUUCCUCAGCAAUAGGUGGUCAAGGGGAAAUUUCAGCCAAGGAAGCGGCGGAGCAAGCUGCAGUUAUGAGAUCUCAAAUCCAUCUAUUUUGGGGAAACAUGCUUUUCGAGAGAUCUCAGGUCGAAUGUAAAUUGGGCUUGCCGGGUUGGAAGACAAACCUGGAUACUGCAGUUGAGCGAUUUAAACUUGCUGGGGCCUCCGAAGUGGAUGUCUUAACUGUUCUGAAAAAUCAUUGUUCCAAUGAGUCUGCAGAAGGGAAUCGAAAAAAGAUUGAGGAACUGAAUAGGAAGUGA